AUGACGACUAAGGUAGAGGGGGUGCCGGGUCCGCGGAACAACGGGCACGAGAUGGCCCCGCUCAACACACGUGCCCGGGGCGAUGGUACGCACGGUGUCACGAUCAUGCUGUCACCACCGGACCGCACCUCGAUCGGUUCCCGGGACGGUGCCGGUGCACUCCCGGAUGGCGACCCGGACCGGGCGGCUUGGUCCGGGAAGAUGCAAUUUUUCCUCAGUAUUAUCGGCUACUCGGUCGGGCUCGGCAACAUCUGGCGGUUUCCGUACCUGUGCCAACAGAAUGGUGGAGGUGCGUUUCUCAUACCCUUCAUGAUCAUGUUGAUACUGGAGGGUAUACCACUGUUUCUAAUCGAACUCGGCAUGGGCCAACGAAUGCGCCUUGGAGCGCUUGGUGUUUGGAACACCAUACACCCGUGGCUCGGUGGCAUAGGCAUCAGCUCGUGCAUCGUGACGCUGUUCGUGGCGAUUUACUACAAUGUGAUCAUCACCUGGUGCUUCUAUUACUUUUUCAACAGUUUUCGGUAUCCGCUACCAUGGGCCGUCUGCCCUCAGCUGAAUGGCACAGACGUCGAGGAAUGUGAGCGAUCGUCUCAAACGGCAUACUUCUGGUACCGGACGACGCUGGAUGCAGCACCUAGCAUAGACGAAACCGGUGGCUUUAAGUGGUGGAUCGUGCUGUGCCUGAUGCUAUCCUGGACCGUGGUGUUCUUCAUCGUCAUGAAGGGCAUCCAGAGCUCGGGCAAAGUAGUGUACUUUACCUCGCUCUUUCCCUACAUCGUGCUGACGAUCUUCUUCAUCCGUGGUAUCACCCUCAAAGGGGCCGGUGCUGGGUUGAUGCACAUGUACACACCGAAGGUGGAGAAGCUUCUUGAACCGACGGUGUGGCUUGACGCAGCUACGCAGGUGUUUUAUUCCUUUGGUCUGGCGUUCGGGUCACUGAUUGCAUUCGGUAGCUAUAACACCCCGAAGAACAACUGCGUGCGCGAUGUCCUGCUGGUGUCCGUCUGCAACGCAAUCACGGCUAUCUACGCGAGUGUCGUAAUUUUCGCCAUCCUAGGUUAUAAAGCUACGUUAGGGGUUGAUCGGUGCAUCCAGGUGAACAAGCACAUUUUAGUGAAACAUAAUCUGCUUCCAUCGAUGGAUGUUGAUAACAGCGAAUACGAGCACGUUAUGGCCAGCUUGAACGACACAAUGCACAAGGAGUGGGAGUUUGAGAAAUGCAGCCUAGAGGAUCAAUUAUCCAGCGCUGCGGAAGGCACUGGGCUGGCGUUUAUCGUAUUCACCGAAGCGAUCGUAGAAUUACCGGGUUCUCCCUUCUGGGCUGUGCUUUUUUUCACCAUGUUGCUCUCUUUAGGCUUAGGUUCGCAAAUUGGUAUCCUUGAAGGAAUGCUGUGUACCAUUUUCGAUAUCGAUAUCUUCAAGAGGAUUCGAAAACCAUACGUCACCGGAGUUGUUUGUGCAUUCUGCUUCACCGUCGGGCUCAUAUUUACCACCGGCGCUGGUGAAUACUGGCUUAAAAUGUUCGAUUCCUUCGCCGGUACCAUUGGAUUGGUCGUAGUGGCACUGAUGGAAAUGAUUGCUGUCAUAUACAUAUACGGGCAUGAAAAAUUCACCGAGGACAUUUACCAGAUGACUGGUAUUCGACCUGGGCCCUAUUGGCAGCUAACCUGGCGGUACAUCGGUCCAGCGAUUAUGGGCUGCAUUUUAUUGUCCUCCGUGCUCUCUAUGAUAUUACGAAAUCCGACCUAUGGUGCAUGGAACGGUGAAUUGGGAAUUGUCGAAAACAAAGCAUACCCGAAUUGGGUGAUGGGCAUUGCUCUUGCGAUGAUCAUUGCUGGAGUGCUACCGAUGCCGGUCGUCUUCCUGCUACGACGGUUCCAGAUUCUGAAGGUCGAUCUCGACAUCCACCAGGGUUCGAUCCGUAGAAACGAAACGACAGCUUCCACAAAGGAAAUGAUCGACGAGGACGACGAAGACGACGAUGAUGAUGGCGAUUUUAGCGGACCUGCUCUAGGCGGACCAGUCAAUGUUCGAAGCGAUUCGGACGACGAAGACGAACCACCGACGAUGAGCCAGAUGCUAGCCAAAAAACCCACUACAACACUCUCUUCGCAGUCACCAAAACAGCAACAACUUCAGUUCAAAAACCAGCACCAUCUCACACCGGACGUGCUGAGUCCUGGAUCGCGGAAGAAACCUUUCCGCAUGGAGGUGGUUGACUUUUAAACGCCACUUCCAUAUCCGGACGCCAUAGCGCCAACGCUCAGGCCAUGUACUACUUUCAACAACGACAGCGGAAGCCAGCAGACGAUGCCGCAGUUUCAAGCUUUUAUCUUAUGCUUUACGGUUUAUAUAGUUAACCAAUCCUGUUCCUUGGUGGGUGCGCGUGUGUCACGACUUAGUUCUUAAUUUUAACCGGGUAGCUAUCAAGUGAUGAUCCUGUAGAUGACAGCUCAGCUGCAGCGUGAAGUGAAAUAACAUUGUUACUUGUAAAUAUCAUGUAUAGCAUAAAAUAAGCAGAAGAUGCUGAAAAUCUGGCUAAUUGUAAUAGGGUAAAUUAGAAUUGAAUCCAAAACAUCUUGAAGAAAAACCAAAACAAACUAAAACCUAAACAAUAACCGGUAAAGGAGCUUUUCCUUGGAGCCGGUUUUUAAACAUCCUGCCGCAACAAAGACAAGGGUUCCGGCAACCGUAACCGAUCACAGGGUUGGGAGAUGCUGCCAGCUCGUAUUGAAAACUCGAAUCAGUGUAGCAAGCAGUGCCAUAGUCGGAAACAAACCGCAGUAUUCUUGGGUCGCUAUUACCUGCUAUAUGUGUGUAUUUUCCUGUUGUACAAAUUGUACUGUUCUACCCCCAAUGGAUGCCCCACAGUAGGUGGUGUAGUUUUUCAGUAGAAAAGGGACGAUAUUUUCUCGAUGAAAAGCAAGGAAAAAAAAUUGAAUCUUUGCAAUGCAACCAAAAAAAAAACAAAUUUAAAAAGAACAAUUUGGCGGUUUGGAAAGCUGGUUGAAAAUAUUUGAUUGGUAAAAGGAAGAAGAAGAAAAAAACACCGACAUAAACUCAAUGCACACGGAUUGGAGGGAAUGUUUGUGGAUGAGAAAAAAAAAUUACAGUAAACUACGACAGCUUCAAGGAUGCGUGGGUCCGAAAUGAGCAAAGUUGUAUGAUAAUUUGAAUUGUUUUCAUACCUCGCUCCUGGGAAAGGUUGCACCACAGUGCGCUCGUACAAUAAUCGUAGUAUAUAGCGCUAGUUUGAAUUGUUUCGCAACAAUCAACUAUAUUUAUACAUGCUUCAGUUUAGACAAUUGCGAGUCGAGUAUAGUUUUGCGGUGCAGCUUUCGAGCAAAGCAUCAUCCAUAAAACAGGCUCAGCAGAUAUACUAUGUAAGUAAAGUUGAGACAGAUAGUUAUUACUUAAGUGCAUGUAAAGCGUGUAAGAUAUUACGAACGAUCAACCAAAGUGUGAUGUGGGGGAAGGGCUGCUCCGGUAAGACAUUCUGAUAUAAAAAAAAACGGAAAGUAGUGGAGUUUGCAGGAAGAAAACAAAUCCCCUUUCAAACUUGAAAUUAAAAUCGAUACCAAGCAAACCGGCAAUUGAUGAGCGGAACUGGAAGUGCAACUGCAGCUGACCUCUCAUUCACAUUGAUAAACCACCCCCACAACCAUAGUAGUGGAAUGCACCACGCGCGAGCAUUGUUUGGGAAGCAAAUCCUGCUGCUCGUUUGUUUUUGGGGAGUCUAUAAAACACGUUACUAAUUUGGUUAUGCACCUAUGCAAUGUUUUGGUUUCAAUGAAGCCCAGUUGCGCAAACUGCACGAAAGAUGAUAGUGAUAGCGAGAAAGGACUUUAGAAUAACAGAAACUUGACGUGGAUUCCUUUAACUGCCCGAAGCCGUUCAACAUUCAACAGUACAGUAGAUGAGUGAACACUCACGAGCCAUACAGUCUUUGUGCCACCGAUAUUUUGAUUAGUUCUCGGUCGUUAAUCUUCACCCUGAUUCAUUUUGUCCUCCACAGCGUCACACACAGCGUUAGGUGAAGCCUUUACUUGGCAAAGGAAAUUCAACAUAAUUCAACUAAACAAUCGUCUGAUAAACAAAAACUGAUAAACCGACGCAACACACGGCAGGAGAAGAUAAAAACAAGAGAAAACAUACAAUAAACAAUGUGAUCAAACGAGUAAAUUAAAAAGAAAAACAAAAUGAACUAAGUAGUAAGCUAAUCUUUUAAGAAUUAGUUGUUAAUAGUCUCGUAGCCUGAAUGGUUGGAAGGUCGAAAACGUUGAGCUGGAGGCAAAGGCCAAAGAAACAGCGAGUUAAAAAUUGCUAUAUCUUGUUUGUAAUCCAUCACCAACAGGACGAAAUAAAGUGAUGAAUAUGAGUGACUAGAACCGUUUUAUUGCGGCAUUACGGUAAUGGGAAACGUUUAAUUUGUGUGUACUCAAGAGACACGGUAAAUCAAAUUAUUUUCGCAUUUAAGCUGUACGACAUGCUAACAGGAUCGCAUUCCACAUAACCGCUUGCCAACAUGCCGAAGAUUGCUUGUUUGACAAAAUAUUAUCUUGAAGGUGUAUUCCUGCGUUCAAUUAAUGCAUGGAAACAAGAAAUUUAUCGCACCUAUUUUUAAAACAUUUUUGUUUUAAUUCAACACAUACCUGCUGCUUUUCUGCUCAUCAUUUCCUCCUAUUGAAGUAUCUUACGUAUUUUGGGAAUAAAAAAAAAGUCGAAACUCCACUCUAACAAUCAUAUACGCAACUACGGGAAGGUUACUGUAGCGAAAAGAAAACGUCAAUUGUUAUCUAUUGUCUUUCAAUCCACGCCAUCAACUUAACAGUAAGAAUAAUACAAUAUGCAGCUAUAUUUUUUAUCGUACUAAGACUUUUACGUUUGAUGAUUUUUU